GCUGUGCUUCCAGUUGGGGUGUUUUCUGCACAAAAUAAACUCCUGUCUCCCAAUUUUUACACCUUUUGUUCUCCCUUGGAGACCUCGAAAGGGCCCAAAAUAAGAAAAAUCUCAAGGGGCCUGUAACAACCUUCUGGAGAACAUAUUUUUUGGGGGGUGAGGGUCAGUGUGUAGAGGAACCAGUUAAAAAACCUAGAACAUUGUACAAUUAAUAAUUUACCUGCACUGUUGGAGGCAGUAUGCCUCGGAAUACUAGGGCUAUGCACCAGACUCAACCAGGUCCCAAGCCCUGAGCCAUGUCAGAUCUAUUUGGAGGCAUUUGGGCCUCAGCCAAGCAGGGUUGAGAUAGCCCAGAGUGAUCCAGGGUUAUUGAGGAUAAGGUGUCCGGCAGAAAGGAGAGGCAGAUGUGAGCAGAAAGAUGGAGGUUGAGAGGGAAAGGCAUCUCUUCACAGGAGAAGCUCUGAAAAAUUUGCAAAAUCUGGAAAGAACAAGAGAUCUCUCCUUGGAUGGGCUUGAUAAAGGACUCCAGCAAAUGACUGCCGGAAAAUUCAUGGAAGGAGGAAAUCACACUACAGUAACUGAAUUCAUCCUUCUGGGAUUCACAACAAACCUGAAACUGCAACUGAUUUUGUUUGCAGUGUUUCUAAUCAUUUAUAUAGGAAGCUUGGUAGGGAAUAUGACACUCAUUGCUCUAAUCUGCAGCAGCUCUCACCUCCAUACGCCUAUGUAUUUCUUCAUUGGGAACCUCUCCUUCCUGGACCUCUGGUAUUCCUCUGUCUAUACACCGAAAAUCCUGGUGAACUGUGUCUCUGAGGACAAGAGCAUUUCCUUUGGCGGUUGUGCCGCCCAGUUCUUCUUCUCAGCUGGCUUUGCAUAUAGCGAGUGCUACCUCCUGGCAGCCAUGGCCUAUGACCGUUAUGUGGCCAUUGCUACUCCACUGAUGUAUGCCACUGCCAUGUCCAGAAAACUAUGCGCAGCACUAGUGGCCUUCUCAUACCUAGGUGGGUUCAUCAAUGCCACUGUCCUUACCAGUGAAACCUUCACAUUGAGCUUUUGUGAUGGCAACAUCAUUGAUGACUUCUUCUGUGAUGUACCCCCUCUAGUGAAGCUUUCCUGUGAUGUGACUGAAGAUUACCAGACUAUGCUAUACUUCCUCUUGACUUUUAACAUCAUUGCCCCUUCAGCCUUCAUCCUUGCCUCUUAUGCAUUUAUCCUGGCAGCCAUUUUGAGGAUCCGCUCUACUGAGGGCAGGUGCAAAGCCUUCUCUACAUGUGCAUCUCACCUGACUGCUGUUACCUUGUACUAUGGCUCCAUCCUCUUCAUCUACUCACGCCCCAGUACCAGCUAUGCCUUGGAUAGAGACAAAUGGGCCUCCGUGUUCUACACAGUGGUCUUCCCCAUGCUGAACCCCCUCAUUUACAGCUUAAGGAACAAGGAUGUGAAAAAGGCAAUGAAGAAGCUAACAACAAGGAGGACCAAUUUCUAAAUAAAAAUUACUGUGAGUGUGACUUUGGUAGACAGACAUAAUUGUGUAAGCUAGUUUUGUAACACAUGUUUUCUACGCUAUCAUUUUAGUAACUUCUAAAAUAUGAAAUAUCCCUUUUUGAGGCACCAGAUUGAGAAUUUAUAUUACCCCCUUCUCAGAUACAUAUGACCCACAGUCUUCAAAUGAAUAUGUGUCAACCUCACACCUGUGUAUUGCUAAUCACUGGAAGAAAUCUAGGUGUACAUUCGAGGAGGUUUAGAAUGGCAUGUGCAUGGCCUCUGUCCCAUAAUUCAUGCCUCAUAGCCCUGAUUUAUUGGGGUGCUUAUUGCUUUGAAUGCUGUAAUUGCAAUGUACUGGAGUCUGAAGAGCUUAAAGCACAAGCUUUUUGACAUGAUUAUAAGAAGAUUAGAAAUUUUUCAUUCUGUCUGUGUUCAAAAACAGCACUUGGGAAAGUUGUUCAAGUUGACCAAAACAAUCCUGCUCUGUCAGGUGUGCUUGUUUGUAACUUUCUCAAGCUUUGAAGGGACAGUGAGCACAGGGAUGUGGUCAGAGAAGACUCUUGAUAGUCAAAACAAGGGAGGGCAUAAGCAAAACCUGGGAAUAAAUGUCACAGCUGUAUGUCCAAGGCCAAGUUGUAUCAGAAGAAGGUAAACAAAAGUCACCUAAGAGGGAAACCAGCAACCUGGAUGAUGGGAAGACAAUGAUCUCAUAGGUAUGAGGUGCCCCCUCCCAGAGGGUCUUUUAGGUAUAAAUAAAGGAUCCCUAGAUUGGGGAGAUUAAGCCUCCAGGGGUCUGAAAAACCUCAGAAGUAACAACAAGAUAGAGCCUCAGAUUGACAUAAAGAAGGCCAAGCUUCAGCUUCAAGCAGAGUUUCCAGCAAGAAUUCUCACUGCUGCUGUUCCAAGGCUUCCAGCUUGCAGGCCAAAUGUAAGAGCAACUAAAGACAGGGGAGGGGAAGAGACCCAUUAGCCAUUAGUUUCAUUUUAGUGUUUUAUU